AUGUCGAAGCACCGUCCACACUACGGCGCAACCCACGCAUCGAUCAGUAACACUCUCUCGCCACCAAGAACGCCCGACUCGCAAACGCACCUCCUUCCCCCUUCCCCUGGAUCCACCUUUAGCACUGAGACUGGACUCACCACCAACGAGCAGGAAGAGUAUGAGCGCGGCCUGCUAACCUGGGAUCGCGCCAAGGACUGGAGAUUCUGGUUCCGCUGGGCCUGGGUACCAUGGUACAUCCUCGGCGCACUGCUCGUAGCUGGCGUCUGUGCCGUCGCCGUCUGUCACCGCGAGCUCAUCCAGCUGCUAAUGCCGUUCGUACGCCACAUGCAAUCGGCACGGUUCGGGUGGCUCGUCCCCAUCGCGAUCAUGAUCGUCCUCUCCUUCCCUCCCCUGUUUGGUAACGAGAUCGUCAUCAUUCUCUGCGGCGUCGUGUGGGGAAUACGGAUCGGCUUCCUCAUCGUUGCUGUUGGCACCGUGAUCGGCGAAAUGGCCUGCUUUACCGUUUACGGGACGUGCUGCAGGCGAAGGGCACGGAGGAUGACCCACAUGAGUCUCAACUAUGCUUGUCUAACGCGGGUCAUCUCCACGGGUGGGCUGCUCAUUGCCUGGGUGGUUAGGCUGAGCGCUAUCCCGACGCACAUGUCUACGCUCCUAUUUGCCGUCUGCGGGCUCCCGUACUCCCAGUUUUUCCUCGCGCUCCUAUUCUCGCUCCCAAAGCAGUUCGUUGCAGUGUACCUUGGAGUCAUGGUCACACGCCACGAACCCACUCGGAAGUCGAACAUCAUGUCCUACACCGUCGUCGGCUUCACUGUCGUCAUCACACUUCUCGCACUGCAUUACGUCCAUCUCAAGAUGCUCAAGGUCCGCAAGGACGUGUUCCUUGACAUGCGCGAAGACUUGGCGCGUCGUGGCGUGGUCGAGCCCGCACCGCCCGACUCGGACGACGAUGUGUUUGCGUAUGGGCAGAACGUGUAG